UUUUUAUUUCUGGCUCCUGCUUAAACUUUUCACAUCUCCUUCUCUAGAAAGUUAAUUUUAGCUGAACACUUCAAUGACAUAGUUGUAGCUCAAUUUCUUUUUCUGCACUGCAGUGACACCUUGUGUCCGUUAUCAUUACCAUCACAGCUGUGAUGAUGCUGCUAAAGAACUUCAAGACUUUUAAGAUGUCCUUUUAAGGAAGUAGUAUCACUUGUCUUCCAGUCUUUGUGCAUUCAUUACUUAUCAAUGGGAAGUACAGGUCUCUUUAUAAACCUCUCUCGGCUGAAUAGCUGUCAUUCCUCUGUGACUCACACAAACAAAGUCAUCCCCAAGACAAUGUAAAUUGAUCUAUGCACUGGCGGUCGAGGGCAAAGAACAGGUAAUUCUACCUAGGCUACUCAAGGACGUAAGGAUGCAUAAUCAGUGGGGAUAGAUAGAUGGGGUAGAUGUACAUAGUGUCUAUGCUGGUAGUUCUGUAAGGGAUUGGAUGAUAAAAGAAAAGUGGGACUAUUCUGACACAUGUUGCUGAAAUGUGACGUUUAAGGAACAAAGUCUGGCUCGUCCAUUGUGUAAGGUAAAAUCAGUUGACUAGUUUUAAGUGUAUUUUCUUGUUUACUUAUUUGGCUAGUGAAAAAAAGGAUAUAUAUUUUUUUUUUUAUCAGGAUAAGAUUAAAAGUAACAUAAGGAGAGUUACAGAUUAAUUGGCCUGCCUGGUUAUUGCAGGUUAUUUUUCUAUAGCAGAUAGAAGACACGUGCUUCACAUUUAUCCUUACUACAGUCGUGUUUUCAGUCAAAAACACCGUAUUACCGAGCUCACCACCAGUACUUGAAUGCAGCAUCAGACACCACCAAAACACAAAUGUCCUACCGGGAUUUCCACGUUCGUCGUUGCCAUGGAGCUGAGUUUGUUUCUUUUCCCGGCUUACACAAAGUGAAAGGUUGAGCUUUAGAUACAAAAAAAGGACUUUGAAUAGAAACUCGACAUUAAUGCGACUGUCUUCGCUGUCCAGACGUGCUGGGCAUGUGAACAACAAAGUGCAAGGACUUUUAAAGUUUUCCAGCAAGCCCGCCUGACCCCAUAAUGUGUAGCAGAGUAGCAGAGGGUCGCCUGCAGGUCCUUCAGGUUUACCGCCUGCUGCAGUAUGUCCAUGAACAGGAUAAGGUGCAUAUAGAGAAGAUGAUGAACCUUGGGACAGAAAACCUCAUCAAUCUCACUGAGCCAAAAGACGGUGUAGGAGUGCUCCACGUGGCAGUUUCAGCCAACAAUCAGGACAUUGUCAGCUUCCUUCUCUCCCAAGGAGCACACCCCGACAUCCAGGACAAAAAGGGCCGCACCCCAGUCAUGUUAGCUGCUGAGCUGGGCAAUGAUGGCAUAGUGACACUGCUGACACAGAGCAAUGCUGAUCUAAGGCUCCAAGACACUGAAGGCAAAGGUGUGCUAUUUUACUCUAUGUACCCCACCAAGCGCCACAUCCGCUGCCUGCAGCUGGCUCUGAAGUGUCAGGCGGACGUCAACAACGUGUCAUCGCAGGGGGCUCAUGUGUUCCAGUUGAUGUGUGAAAAAGCCUUGGAGUGCACCACAAUGUGUCUCAUCAUGCUGGAUGGAGGGGCAGACCCCAAUGCAACAAAUCAGCAAACCGGCAUCACAGCGUUGAUGGAGGCAGCCAGGGCGGGCUCCCUGCCACUCGUUAGAGCCAUUCUCAGGAAAGGGGGAAACCCAAAUGCCCUGGAUCGUAAACGCUUCACAGCAGCACAUUAUGCUGCCAUGGGGGGCUUUUUUGAGUUGAUUCAGGUGCUCUCUGCAUACUCAGCAGACAUGGGGGUGAUUAACCUGGAGGAGUGCACAGCUUUACACUACGCAGCUGCCACGGGCAAUGCCAACUGCUGCAAGUUCCUGGCACAGAGAGGUUGUAACCCCAAACUAAAGAACCAGGAAGGUUUGCUGCCACGUCAGAUUGCCAAAGACGCCGGUCAUAAGGCAGCAGCCAAGGAGCUGAGGAAAGCAGAGCGGAAACAGGGAAAAGGCAACAAAUCCAGUGGCAUCAGCCUCAUGUCAGAUCUUUGGAGCUUGACUCUCCACGACUGGUCUAAUGAGUACGAGAUGGAAUUACGGCAAGCCUUUGGGAAUUCAGAUACAGUUACCACUGAGAUGUUUACUUCAGUGAUAGAAGAACUAAAAGCCCCGGUUGAACUGGACCAGCUUCAAACAAUCAUCUCAGCCCAUGAUAAGGGAAGAGAGGGGUGCAUCAACAUUAAUGAUUUCAUCAAAGGUGUCAAAUACAUCAAGAAACCAUUCGUCCUUUCUUCUUAUAUGCCUAAAAAGAAAAAGGGAGAAAAGGGAGGAAAAGGAGGAAAGAAGAAGAAGGGUAAAUUUGUCCUCCCAUUCCCCAUUUGCACUGUCCCACCAGAGCUUAUGCCCCAGCGACCAGACGGAGGCCCCCUCUUCAUGAUUGAGAAAUACAACAACUGCUCAGACAUCCUCCGCUUCGACCCCGAUCACCCACCAGAACAUCCCAUAAUGAAUGACUCAGCGUGGUACAUAGAAAAACCAGAGAAGGUCUAUGUCAAUAUCAACUACUGUGUGAGAAGUGGAGACCUGGAGUCUCUGGACCUGGCUUUCAGUCAGGGGGUCCCUGUGGAUGUUCAUGACCAGUUUUACCAGACCCCACUGAUGGAGGCCUGCUCAAGUGGCAACUACGAGGUGGCUCAGUAUCUCCUCAGUCGGGGGGCCGAUGUGAAUGUGUGUGGCCAGUUCUUAUGGACAGCCCUUCACCACGCAGCCUUCGCCGGCCAAUUAGAAAUUAUUGAACUUCUGGUGGAGGCCGGGGCCACCAUAGAUGCCCCGGCCCUCAAUGGAGGCACGCCCCUCAUGAGGGCCAUUGAGAGCUCUCGACCUUCCUGUGUGGACUUCCUCAUCAAGGCGGGUGCUAGUGUCAAUGCAGAGACCAAGAAAGGAGAAAACUGCCUCGACAUCGCCAGAGCUUUUGCAGACUCCAGGACCAUUGACUUGGUCAAAGACAAAAUGGAUUCUCUGCCUAAAACAAAGGAGACAGGGAAGGGGAAGGGAAAGGGCAAUGUUCAAAAGCCUAAACCUGCAAAAGCAAAGAGCGUUGCUGCAGAAAGUGCAGUGCAUGCAGAGACAUCGACUGCAACAGCAGGGAAGUCUUCUCCUCCGAAGGAUUCAAAGAGCGUCAUCCUGCAAAACACCAGGAUCACCACAGGGAAAGCCAACACUGUGGAUGUCUCAUUUGUGCCAAAAAUGGUCUGGGGGAAACCGCCCACCACCAGCCAGCUGAUGUCAAAGAUAGAGAGACGGAAGGAGCUCUUAUCCCUCGAGGUGGACUUUGAUGACUUCAUGAUGCCUUUCAGCCAGAACAUCCAGAGGAGAACCAUAGAAGUGGCCAAAUCCACAGACUAGAUUGAAUGGAGUUUAGGCAGCAAGAAACACAGUCUUAAACUCAAACAGGCUGACCACCUUUGGAUUAAUUACUAUUUACAUUACAGCUGCUUUAAUCAACAUAGGUAGACAUCAUGUUACUCAACCUCUCAGUUUUAUGCCUCUGUGUCAGGUUGUCUGUAUGUCACAUUCUCAUGAACAUGACUUGUCGAGAACACUUGAAGGGAUUUUCUUCAAAUUUGGCACAAACAUCCAACUGGAUUUAAGGGUGAAUUGAUAAGAUACCUCAAGGAUUAUGACACAAUUUUACAAAUGUCUUCAUAAUAUCAUGCAAAAACACUUAACUCAGGAACAGAAGGGGAGACAUUUGGUCAGAUAGUGAAGUGGUGUCCACCUUGAAACUGUGACCCUGUUUCCAUUUAACAGUAACAUGUGGUCUGAGUGAUCCGAACACAAGUGGACAGCUCCAAAUACAGAUGAAAACACUGUCAGGACAUAUUUAGAAUGCAUUGAGAUCGGAUGUUAAAAACCACAUUCGGGGGAGGUUCAGGCCACAUGUGUUCACAUUCAGAUAGUAGUGAGAAUGGGUAUGUGACUCUUGUCCACAUUAGGGGACCGCCCACUCAACUGUCGUCCAACUCGGCUGGACAUUUCCAAAAGCCCAAAGAAAAAAAUUACGAGUGUUCUAACAUCUUCGGUGAUGUGGUUUGCCUGGAUCACGCCAAAGAAUGUAUUGUUUUGAUUUUGUCUUCUGGCACUGCUGCUACUUCUUCUUUUAUUUCCAGCCGACGAGGCACGGGAGGGGCAGCUGCUGCCACCCACCGGUUAAAAACAGCAACACACUUGGUGUUUGGCAAAUGGAAAUGAUGUACGCGUUAAUUUACAUACAGAGCGGGGAAGUGGAAUUGGUUCAGUGGUCACUGAAGACGCAUGUGGAGACGCAUGCCAGGGAGAACACACAGACUGAGAGCUGUCCACUUGUGUUUGGAUCACUCAGACCACAUGUUACUGUUAAAUGGAAACAGGGUCCGUGUGUGAAGGAUCCAUGUUAUAGAAUUUGUAGCUUUUUUGCAGCAACAUCCAUAUUUAAAGCAUUGUCUACUUUCAUCCCUCUGUGUGAGUCUGGACAGACAUGGAUAAUGAUGGACGGGGGCGUACAACUGCAAGGUUUCAUUUAGUAUCAGAACAAUGUCAAUACAUAAUCAAAAACACAGUACAUUAAUUAUUUAAUUAUGCUAACUUACCAUAGGUAGAAUCUACUGUUAAUAAUAACUUUGUCUUAUGAUAAAGUAAUGCAACUACUAAAAAAAUAAAGUUUUUUUUAGUUACAUCCAUAAUGUCAUGAAAUUGUCAAACAAAACAAAAAUCUAACAUACAAUAACUUGUCAAUACCUAUUUAUAUACAGUCUAUGGUCAAUACACUCAAAAAUGUGCGAAUAUAAAUAUUUUUUACAUGAAUACAGAAUCGGUGGCUACUGUACUUACUCUGCUUUGUUCAAACUGUGAGCCAUUUUCUUUUUCCAUGCACUGAAAGUUAAGGGAUAGUUGACAGUUUUUUAAGUCUAUCUUAAGACAGUGAUCUAUCCACAUGAACAUUGAAACAGGUUUUUAAUAUCGAAAUGUAUUUUUGCACAGAGCAAGACUGACGAGACUGUAGAUUGUGUCCCCCAUCACUAGCACAUUGAAGAGAUCUUUCAGUGGUCAAGAUAUAUAUAGGAUCUAUAUAGGUCAAGUCUAUAUAGGAUCCUGAACAUUGUUUGAAAAUAAAAAAAAUGAAUGACCCAGUAGGACCACUGAAGUAAGACAUUAAUGACAUUACACUUGCUGAGCGUAACUUAGUCAAAUGAUCCAAGCAGCGAAUAGGCCCAGUUAGAUGGAUAUGGUAAUAAGUAUCCAGAGGAGAACAGUCUUAGUGCUACAGGCUGUGAAUUAAUUAUAACUGGGAGCAGAGCACAGUGGCAAAGCUCUACUGUACUGUAAGUACAUACUGCAGUUUGGAAGUUGGUUAAAAUCCUCCCCUGACUCUGCAGUGGCAAGAGCUGCAGUGAGAGACAUGUAGGAGUUACUGAGGAGAGACUGGUGGCUCAUAUAAUGAGUACUUGCUCUUUGUUUGCAUUCUUUCUUUCUUUCUUACUUAUUUAUAGUGUGUUGUGAGACACAGAGAUGUACUGCAGUCACACAAAGGCACCACAUUUACUCAGAUAAUCAGAUUAUGAACUCUUGCAGCUAUAAUAUAACUCGGCUUAGUUUUCACUUUGCCUCUCUAAUGCUGUUGAAUUUGAUUUCACUACUACAAAACAUCAAGCUGCUGGCAGAAAACA